UUCUCCUGUAUCUGUCCUUGUGGCAGCGGAGCGUGAGGAGACGUCUGGAGAAAGUCCUCCUCUGUCCCUGUAGGAGGUGGUGGAGAGGGUGGUCCGGGUUGUCCAAUAUGGACACAAGUUUCUUCAACGUCCUCCUCUCCACCACCUGUUCCAGGUGCUCCAGCUGGCAGCCGAUGAUGGAGCCAGCCUUCCUAACCAGUUUGUUAAGACGGCUCGUGUCACCGGCUCCGAUGCUGCUCCCCAGCAGACAAUGGCAAAGUGCAGCACACUGGCCACAACCGACUGUGUUGAUGUUGGCCUUCCAGUUCAGUCGGCUGUCGAUGGAGACGCCCAGGUACUGGUCCUCCUCCACCAUGUCCACGUCCACUCCCAGGACACUCAGAGGUGUAGGAGCUGUCGCCUUCCUCCUGAAGUCCACCACCAUCUCUCUGGUCUUGGCCACGUUCAGCCGCAGGUGGUUCUCAUCGGCCCACUUUACAAAGUCACUCACCACUGCCCUGUCCUCCUCCUCCCGUCCAUCCCUAAUACACCCGACCACUGCAGAGUCAUCAGAGUACUUCUGCAGAUGGCAUGACUCCGUGUUGUACUGGAAGUCACUGGUGUACAGGGUGAAGAGGAAGGGAGACAGAACAGUUCCCUGUGGGGCUCCAACAUCACUGACCACCGUUCCAGACAGCACACGCCCCAUUCUGACCAACUGUGGCCUGUGAGGUAGUCAGUGAUCCAGGAGAUGGUGGACGCGUCCACACCGACCACCGCAGCUUCUCACUCAGCAGCAGUGGCUGGAUGGUGUUAAAUGCACUGGAGAAGUCAAAGAAAGUGACUCUCACAGAGACACCGGUUCCAUCCAGGUGCGACUGAGCUCGUUGCAGCAGGUAGAUGAUGGCGUCGUCCACUCCCACAUGAGGCUGGUAAGCAAAUUGCAGAGGGUCCAGCGACGAUUUCACCUGCGGCCGGAGGUGGGCCAAGACCAGCCUC